AUGGGGCAAGGGGUAGGACUACUCGAAAAACUCUUUUGUAGGUUCGUCGUCUACAAACCACCAACAUCAUCCCGAUCACCUCCACAGUUCUACUAUGCAGAUGGUGAUCGCAGUAAUUGGACUCUUGGACCAUUGCCAAUCACCGCUACUACGACCGCAGUUGGUGCAACACUUCGGGAAUUCUACGAAAACAGCCAGGUCAGGCAAUUUCCAAACGGCUCGGACGGGAUAGAGUCCAGGAUGCUUUUGUUGCAGAAAAAUUUCAUCUUCGCGUAUAAUGACGACAGUCCUACAGGAAGUGUGGACUCCUACAGAGGGCACAGCAAAGGCGUUACGGUCUUUGACGAUGAUACAGGCUUUUGGCUGAUUCAUAGCGUGCCGAAUUUCCCAUCAUUAGGAUCAUACUCCUAUCCAGCAACAGGCAUCAAGUUUGGCCAGACGUUCCUGUGCUUGAGCCUUCCUGCACGAUUUCUUGGUGAUGUCGGGGAACAUCUGCGAUAUCUUCAAGCAACACCCUUCUUUCACAAUUUGCCUAACCAGUUUAGUGAAAGGUAUCCGGUCCUCGUGAAUAUCGUCAAAAAGCAGUCCCUUCCGAAAUCAACUACCCACUUCACCCGCGUUGCUCAACUAAGUACAAUACGUGGGAUGCCUUUGAGGAGUUUUUCCAAACAUAAAAAAUUCAAUAAGGAUCUCUGGUUCGAUCUGGUGGGUCCGGAGCUCGGAACUAAUCUAGCCGUCGAGAGCUGGUUAAAUGGUGGUGCUGACGAUUUGGAGAGCACCUGCACGAGAGGCAUAAGCAUAUACGACGUUUCUGUUGUUGGCUUACCGGAUGUCUCGUUCAACAGUUCACGAGAUCAUUCCAAAUGGGCUGUGGCAGAUACUAACGGGCACACAUCGAUUGUUUGUGUGGGAGAUUUGAAUCGACAGAAAUCGCAAUUUCGUCGUGGUGGUGGUGCAGUCUGUUUUCAACAUCAUGGCCUAUGGACGACUUUUCAUAAUAGUGUAAAAUCUAUACAACCAUGUGGUAGCAAAAAUAUUCAUUCGUAUCUUAACUAUGUUCUUCCUGCAGUUCUUUCCAUAGUAGUUCUAUCGACACUUCGGUUUACCGUACCCUAG